GUUUUAUAAAGUGAGGCCUUGGUUACAUUGGGGGAAGGGAUUGUGUGUGAGCUGCUAUCAUUCCUGAGAGUCCGCCGCCACUGACUCUUGUCAUAACAGAGGCUCCUAUACCAAGACUUGUGGACUAGUCUGUGAGCGGAUGGCUGAUGGACAGAACCUUUCCUGAACUUGACAAUACAAAAGAGGGGUCCCCCCAGAAGGUUUUUAUAACAGAGUUCUCUUCAUCAUCUCCUAUUAAUCGUCGAAGGUCUGCUCGCAUUUUAGCCAAGAGGCUCUCAUCGUCAAACGAACCCGAAGAACCUUUGAAGAAAUUACACGAAGGAGUAUCCUCAUCCUCGUCUUCUUUAGCUCAGCAAAGCAGCAGCAGCUGCAGGACUGGUCCCUCAGCUCAAGAAGAUCCAUUUGCUACUGCCUCUAAGAGAACAAAGAGUUCUUCUUCAUCCUCCUCUCAUCCAAAGCACAGAGCAAGAAAAGGAAGCAGUAGCAACAGAGUAAAGGGAGAAAGCAAAGAGGAAGCAGGAAGGAAGAAAAGAAUCAAAUUAUCAUCUCCUGAGGUUAAGGCUAUAGAGACUCCUUCUCUUAAGGAAGAGAAGAGAGUCAAGACAAGACAUUCGAGUAAGAGAAGUAUUAGCGAAGUUGAUCAGCAGCAAAGCGAGUCUGAUCAGGACAUAACUGCCACUGAAGAGAGAGGCAAGGGUCAAAAGAGAAGGAGAAAAGACUCUUUUAGAUCCUCAAAGCCUACAAAGGGAAAGCAACAGAAGUCAGCAGAAGAAAGGGGUGUUGUACGUCAGCCAGUAAUACAAUACGCCAUGUCAUCUAAAGACAACAAAGGGACUGGCUCUUCUAAUGAAGAAGGAGAGAAGCAGCAGUCAUCCGGUGCUUCUGCUAGUGCUAUCGGUGGUGCUGAUGACUUGGAUCCUGUUGAUCCAUUCUUAGCAUUGAUGAAUGAAGAAAGCAAAAGAUUACAAAUUAUGUUGGAAUCUCGUGGUCUGCCUCCUCAUCUCCUUGGCUCUCUCGGUAGUCGUAUGCCUCAUUUUUUUCAGAAGCACAUGAGCUCAUCAAACAGUUCACAGGCCCAGCAGUUAUUGGAAGGCAUACAAUGCGUUGAAGAUGAGAGCGUGCAGUUACAGUCCUGCAUUGAAAUGGGUCAGCUACUGGUGAUGGGUAACGAGGACACACUGAGUGGUUUCCCAGUCAAAGAGGCAGUACCUGCUCUAAUACACUUAUUAUCAAUGGAACAUAACUUUGACAUGAUGAUGAAUGCUUGUAGAGCCCUCACGUACAUGAUGGAGGGUCUGCCACGAUCAACAGUAGUAGUGGCUGAUGCUAUACCAGUUCUGCUGGAGAAACUACAGGUAAUACAGUGUAUGGAUGUGGCUGAGCAGGCUCUCUCUGCAUUGGAUAUACUGUCCAGAAAACACAGCAAGUCAAUACUGCAAGCUGGUGGAGUCAAUGCUGCGUUACUUUAUUUGGAUUUCUUCUCUUUAAAUACUCAACGUUGUGCAUUAAGUGUUGCAGCUAAUUGUUGUCUCUCGGUGACGGAGGAUGAGUUUCAUCUUGUGGCUGAUAGUGUUCCUAUAAUCUCCAACAGAUUACAGCAUCAGGACAAGAAGUCAGUGGAGAGUUGCUGUCUUUGCUUCUCCAGGCUAAUUGAAAACCUUCACAACAAACCAAAAACACUCCAAGAGAUUGCUUCUCAUGGCCUUUUAGCUAACAUUCAGAACUUGCUAGUGACCACUCCUUCUAUUUUGACAUCAAGCAUGUUUGUUUCAGUGGUGCGAAUGUUACUAACUCUUUGUUCAUCUUGUCCUGUGUUGGCUGUUGACCUAAUGAAACUGAAUAUUGGUGAUACACUCAAGUAUUUGCUAGUUGGAUCUGAUGAGAUAACAUUAGAAACUGUUGAGAUUAACAGUCGCUCAGCUAAUGAGGUUUAUGAGAUUGUCUCUUUGAUAAGUGAGCUCAUGCCUCCUCUUCCAAGUGAUGGUAUUUUUGAGGUAGACAAGUUGUUGAUUGCUACUAAGAAACAUCCCAAAACUGUUCAGUGGGAGUGGCAAGAUGAUAGCAAGUCCUGGAGACCUUACGGACGCGUGGAGAGCAAAAUUAUUGAGCAUGCUCAUAUGGCUGGGGAAGAAGAUGUUGCUAUUGAUGUAAUGGGACGUACUUAUGUUAUAGAGUUCUCAAUAAUGCAACAGGUAAAUGAGGAGACAGGAAACUCAAGGCAAGUGAGAAGAUCUACUGUAGAUCCUAAUCAGAAUCUAAACACAAAUGAUGAUGAUGAGAAGAAGAGGAUAGAAGAGGAUCCACGUAUGCUGGCUCUGUGUGCCGACCCUGUUCUGUUCACUUCAUUCCUCCAAUCACUGAUGGCCGUACUCUAUGAAGUAUUCAGUCACAUGGCGGCACCAUCCAUCAAGUACAAGUGUCUCAAAGCUAUCCUAAGAAUGAUCAAUUGCUCUACUUCAGAGAUAUUGACUGAUGUAUUGAGGAACAUAUCAGUGUCCAGUUAUAUUGCUACAAUGCUCAAGUCGUCGGAUUACAGGAUUGUGGUCUGUGCUAUACAAAUGUCCGUCAUACUAAUGGAUAAACUACCCGACAUAUUCAUCAUUUAUUUCUAUCGUGAAGGAGUCAUGCAUGCAAUGGAGUCCUUGAAAAUCCUACCACUAAAAGCAAUGAUAACACCUAAGAAACAUGAUCAAGUUGGUAAGGUUACUCCACCAGCUGGAGACUUGUCCUCAUCUCCUCCCAUUGGUGGCCCAUUGGCUAUGCUCCACCCCCUGCCCAACCCACCCCAGGCUCCUCCUACCAGCGUACCUAACCCCAUUGAGGGAGUACCUCCUGGAGGACUAGUAUCAGAUUCACCAAGUACUGCCAGGAGGUUUGUUGACAUGUUUCGUAAAAGUCGUCGUCAUUUAAGAAAGUCAUGGUCUCGCUCAAGAAGUGAAGACGUGUCUGAUCCGGCCUCGUCUCUACCCUCACCCUCCUCCUCCUCCUCCUCUACCUCGGGACGUCCCUCUGUUCCCCUCCUCCCUCCUCCCCCAUCACUUGCCUCACCACACCCACCAGCCCCUCCUACUGGCUUGUCCUCAAUGAUUGGGAUAAUGGGCAGCAGUGGGACUGGGAGGAACAAGAUAACUGACUACAUGUUUUCAAGACAUGCCGAGGGAUCAAAAGAAAAGAUAAGAGAAUGGAUUAUCCAACAGGUGACACUGUUUCUUGAUAAAUGGUCUGCAGAGAGUAGUGGCAGUGAAGGGGCUGAGUCCAAUACAGCACUUGAUGUUAUGAAGAGACUUCAAGCAAUAUCAGAACAACUGGACCCUAAUAAUAAAUCAUGUUUAACAUCAUUGAAGGAAUUGUGUGACAUUCUGUCAGACACUGAUGUCAAUAUAUCAGCCUUUGAAUUCCUCCACUGUAACAUACCAGAGAAACUGACCAGUGUUUUGUCAUCAGAGGAUACUCAGUUUCCUUAUUCACUCGUGAUAAGACUACGAAACUUCUUAUACUACUUCUUAGGACUUCCUGAGCAAGAUGCACAGUUGGCUUCAUGGGUCCCACAUGAGAGGCCGGGUCUGAUAAUGUUGCUACAAAAGCUUCACAAUUCGAUCAGCCAAACUGAACAAUUGCCAGUUAAAGUUCAUGACAUGCCAGGAAAACGUGGUUCACAGAUGAUGAAAUUCUUCAAUUCGCAUCAAAUUAAAUGUAAUCUUGAGUGUCAUCCAUCAGCUAGUGGCCUUCAGCAAUGGAAGGGAGGGACAGUCAGAAUAGAUCCAUUAGCUACACUCCAGGCUGUUGAGAAGUAUCUCUUGAUUAAAGGAGUAACAAAAUCGGAGCCUAUUGCCCUUCCUGAUGACUUGGACGGGUCUGAUGAUAGUGAAUCUGAAGAAGCUAUGCUCUCAAGUAUCCCAUCAUCACUUCCUACAAAGCAACAGUUGGAGUUCUUAAUAAAUGAUACAAUAAUCCCACACAAAAUGACAAUCUUUCAAGCUAUCAAACAAUUUGGAUUGGCCAGCAGCUCAGAGAGUGAAGAGGAAUUAUCAGCUCUGGGGCAUCCUGACAUAUGGAUAAAAUCACACCUCAUACAGUACAGGCUAGUCAAUCAGGGUCAAUCCUCCAGCAGCAAGCCCAAGCGUUCUUAUUCCUUACCCGCUUCUCAUUACGACUCUUCAUCAGCUCCCCAUCCUAAGUCCUCUAGUGUCAGUAACACUGCUUCUUCUUCCUCUUCCUCUAAAGCAAGGCGUAAUCUCAGUGGGGGUGGAGCCACUGGUAAAGUAUCUCCUGAAGGACUUCGUGUCACUCGUUCAAUGAGUCGGGAACAGAAAGAGACCAAUGUUAAGAAACAACCAGAACCACAAUCAUCUAAUGAUGAUAUCAUUCCAGCUGUCAAACUCUCUCCUUUACUCCAUGCUAUAAAGAGUACAAAGACCACACCCAUAAAUAUCAGUGAUCCUUCUGUUCCCAUUAUUAACCUCAUGAGAAUUAUCUGGGCAUUGAACAAUCACUGGAAUGACCUUUACAAUGGUUUUCCUGGUAGUCCAAUUGUUUCAUCGCUGGAAUUUGUUAGUGGGAAAUUGACCGCCAAAGCCACUCGUCAACUUCAAGAUCCUCUUAAUGUAAUGACUGGUAAUUUUCCUGACUGGUUAAAGGAGCUAUCAAAGCAAUGUCCUUUCCUGUUUCCUUUUGAAUGUCGACAGACUUUGUUUUUCUUGACAUCUUUUGAUAGAGACAGAGGAAUAGCUCGUCUACAAGAACAGCAACCAGAGCUCUCUAACAUGGAUGCCUCAGAGCGAAUAACACCAAAACUAGAGAAAAAGAAACGCUGUGUGUCAAGAGAGAACCUACUGCUACAAGCAGAGAAGAUAAUGGAAGAGCUGGGGUCAAGCAGGGCACUGCUAGAGAUACAGUAUGAAGAUGAAGUCGGGAUAGGACUGGGCCCUACGCUUGAGUUCUAUACUCUUGUCUCAAGGGAACUUCAAAAGAUUGACCUGCACAUGUGGAGAGGUGACCCAUGCCCUCUACCUGGGAGUAUAUCACAAGUUGUAUCUGACAGUGGAAUAAACCAAUAUGUGUACAGUCCAGUUGGUCUCUUCCCUGCUCCAUUAAAUACUAGUACUGACUUCAGUGUUGUUGAGGAUAUUUGUAAUCGGUUUCGUUUCCUGGGAAGGUUUAUGGCUAAGGCUAUCAUGGACUUUAGAAUGCUUGAUCUGCCAUUGAGUGAAGCAUUUUAUAAGUGGAUGCUGGGUCAAGAGGACUCAUUCACUGCUCAGGAUUUACAGUUCAUUGAUCCUGACAUAGCUAGAACCUUCAGUCAACUGGCUGAUGUUGCUGUUAAGAAAAGACAAUUAGAGAAUGAUCCACUACUGUCUGAUAGUGUGAUACAGUUGGGUAUACAGUCACUAACAUUAGAAGGAGGUGGUACUAUUGAAGAUCUUGAGCUUGACUUUACACUCACCGGAUAUCCUGAUAUUGAACUAAAACCUAAUGGUAAAGAUGUACCUGUUACUAUACACAAUCUUGAUGAAUAUCUCAAGUUGUUGUUGGAUUGGACCUUGUUCACUGGCGUUGCUAGACAAAUGGAAGCAUUCAAGGAAGGAUUCAACAGCAUAUUCCCUCUAUCUACCCUACAACACUUCUACUCUCAUGAAAUGGAUACGUUCCUUUGUGGAGCUAAUAAUCAAAAGUGGGACAUUAAAGAAUUAAUGGAAUAUUGCCGUCCUGAUCAUGGAUAUACUCAUGACAGUCAAGCUAUCCAGUUCUUGUUCAGAGUCCUUAGUUCCUAUAGUACAACUGAGCAGCGUCAGUUCAUACAGUUUGUGACAGGUAGUCCUCGUCUUCCUGUUGGAGGUUUCAAAGCCCUCAACCCUCAACUGACUAUUGUACGAAAGGCCGUGGGUUCCUCUCAAUCCCCAGACAAUUUCCUCCCGUCUGUGAUGACUUGUGUUAAUUAUUUAAAACUGCCUGAUUACAGUUCUGAAGACAUAAUGAGAAAGAAACUGAGCCUCGCCUUGAGGGAAGGCAAACAAGCAUUUCAUCUGUCAUAAAUAUUGAUUGUAUAGUUAUUGUUAUCUGUUAAUAAUUAUUAUUAAUUAUUAUGAGGUAGUCUUGUGACUCAAAGUAAACAUUUUAAGACUAUUAUCACUAAUCCUUUCAGAAAUAUUAUAAUUAUUUCAACUACUAAGAAUUAUUAAUUAUUAUUAUUAUUAUUGUUUCAGUGCAUAUUAUUAUUAUUACACUCGUUGAAUCAUUUUAAUGUUAUUUAAUAAUUAUUAGUCUUGAGG